UAAAUAAUAUAUAUUUGUAAUGGAUUAAAGCAUAACAAGCCGAGAGACAGAAGACAACAGAGCUGUUUAUAUUUCUCCAUCCAGCUGGUAAACGUCAUUUGAUGUGUAAUGGGCUUUUUGAGACAAUUGUUUUCCAUGUCUAGCAGUUCUCUAAACAUCCGCAGUGUUGAUACAUUAUCUCAUAGUGGACACAGUGGAGGCUUGAUAAUUUAUUUGGAGUCGGGUUAUUCUGAGUAGACAUAAUUUGAUCCAAGAAGGCCUUGUGUAAAUGAUAUGAGAAAACGGAGGACAUCCGUGUUUAAAUGCAAGCAUAGUGUGACGGCUUGGUCAUGAUGAUGCGAGAUGAGUCUUUAUCCACUUAUUUUCAAAGAUGACAUCAGUGUGAUGAUGAUGCAAUUUAAUGAAAACUGUCAUUUUGAAUUUAAAGUUUAGCAUCCAGUUCAGAUGAUGGGAUUGUAAUUUCACCUAUUGUGGUUUGUUUAUGUAUCUAAAAAAAAAAACAUUGUUUCCCAUUCAGUUAUUACCAGGUUAUUACGCACACGUUUAUUUUUCAAGAGAAACUGGCCUGAUCAUUAAUCUGUUAUUGAUCAGGGCCUGCGACAAGCCCUCUUGUCAGAGAUUGGCGGUGGAUGCUCUUAUCUCUAACCGUUUUCCUCUGGAGACGCUAUCGAUACCUCUCCAUGUUCAGCUCCGAAAGACUCACGGUACCGGAAUAUGUCAGCUGGAUUGGGAACCGGAGGUCAGGCAGCUCGAGCUCAUCCUCGGAACCGAAAGCACCACCGGUCUCACCUGGUGUCCACGGUGCCGACGUCCAGGAUGUUUUGGAUACCUCGCUCCCGGCCCUGCGCUCCGCUAUCAAGACACUGAAAUCAGCCAAAGAUACAUCGGAUCUAGACGAGACCCGCAGUGCCAUCGCAGAUACGUUCCAGUUAGUGGAGGAGGCCUGGGUUCUGCCCACUGUGGGCCGGCAGGUCGCAGAAGAGAUAUGCAACAGGAUACGACUGGACGGAGGACUGGAGCUGCUCCUGCAACUCCUCAUGACACCUGCUGUGGAGAUCACUUAUGAGUCUGCCAAACUACUGGAGCAGAUACUGGUCUCUGAGAACAGGUGUGUGUAUUCACUACAGGCCUACACGCACUUCUUCUGUAAUACAAAAUAUUGCAUUGGUCCUAACCUUUAGGGCCAGUUUCCAGGACCCAUAUAAGUCUUAGUCUUUAUAAACCUAGUUAUAUACUCAUCUUUUUGUUUACCCUCUUCACCUCUCUCUCUCUUCCUAUCCAGAGAUUAUGUGGCUCGCAUGGGUCUGGGGGUGAUUCUGAACCUGACGAGGGAGACAGAGGACGCCCAGCUGGCCCGCAGCGUCUCAGGCAUCCUGGAGCACAUGUUCAAACACACUGAGGAGACAUCCACCCAGCUCAUUGCCAACGGCGCCCUGGAUGCCCUGCUCUUCUGGUGCCGUGGUACCGACCCCACCGUCCUCCGCCACUGUGCUGUGGCACUCGCCAACUGCGCCAUGUACGGCGGCCAUCACUGCCAGCGGCUGAUGAUCGAGAAGCAGGCGGCUGAGUGGUUGUUUCCAUUGGCGUUCUCCAAAGAGGACGAACUCAUCCGCUUCCAUGCGUGUUUAGCGGUGGCCGUGCUCGCCAAUAACCGGGAGAUCGAGCAGGAGGUGGGUCCUGUGUGGCUCAGUUAGUAGAGCACGGAGCUUGUAACGCCAGGGUGGUUGGUUUGAUUCCUGCUCGGGCCACCCAUACGAAAACAUGUAUGCGCACAACACUGUAAAUUGCCUUGUAUUAAAGUGUCUACUAAAUGUAUUAUAAUAGGUGGUGAAGUCGGGGACAUUGGAGCUGGUGGAGCCCUUUAUUGCAUCUCUGGACCCUGAUGAGUUUGCCCGGAGCUUGCUGGACAGUGCAGACAGCAUGCAGGGGAGGACGGCUGCCGACCUACAGCAGCUCCUGCCACUACUGGAUGGGGCCAGACUGGAGGGGAAGUGUAUCGCUGCCUUCUACUUGUGUGUCGAGACCAGCAUCAAGACACGCCAACGCAACACCAAGGUCAGUAUCAGGGAACAAAAGCACACCUGGUUCAACCUUGAUAAGCAGUUGAUUUGCUGAAUCAGACGUGUUAGUGCUGGGCUGGAACAAAAGCCUGCACGCCCUCGCUGUGGCUCUCCAAGUCACAACCAUGUUUGGUGACCACUACGCAUUAGUGCAGAGUUUCCCAAACUUGGUCCUUGGGACCCCAAGGGGUGCACGUUUAGAUUUUUGCCCUAACACUACACAGCUGAUUCAAAUUAUCAAAGCUUGAUGAUUAAUUGAUUAUUUGAAUCAGCUGUGUAGUGCUAGUGUCACGCCCUGGCUCUGGGGACUCUUAAAUGUUGAGCCAGGGUGUGGAUUUUUCUAUGUUUAGUUUUCUAUGUUUUUUGUUCUAGAUCGUUUAGAUCUAUGUUGGCCAGGGUGGUUCCCAAUCAGAGGCAGCUGUAGCUCGUUGUCUCUGAUUGGGGACCAUACUUAGGCAGCCUGUUGGCACCAGUUAGUUUGUGGGAUCUUGUUCCGUAAAGGUUUGUGUUGUGUAACCUCAGGACUUCACGUAUCGUUUUGUUGUUUUGUUCGUGUGUUGUGUACGAAAUAAAAUGUACGCUUAUCACGCUGUGCCUUGGUUCCACGAGUCAUCAGUCAACGUCCGAGACAGAAGAUCCCACCAAAAAAGGACCAAGCAGCGUGUCCAGGAACAGAGCCUGGACUUGGGAGGAGAUCCUGGACGGGAAGGGAUCCUGGACUUGGGAAGAGAUUCAGGCCGGAAUGGAUCGCCGUCCUUGGGAGGAGACUGUGGAGGCGCGCUACAGAGAGGAGCAGCGGCAUCACAGAGGGUACCGGCCGAGGAGGAAGCCCGAGAGACAGCCCCAAGAACAAUUUUUUGGGGGGCUAAAAGGGUGGUUGGCGGAGCCAGCCCGGUCCGGCCUGUUCCUGUCCCUCGCACCAAGCCAGAUGUAGACUAACAAUGAAAUGCUUACUUCCCAACAAUGCAGAGAGAAAAAUAUAGAAAAAUAAUAACACGAGGAAUAAAUACACAAUGAGUAACGAUAACUUGGCUAUAUACAGGGAGUACCAGUACAGAGUCGAUGUGCAGGGGUAUGAGGUAAUUGAGGUAGAUAUGUACAUAUAGGUAUGGAUAAAGUGACUAGGCUACAGGAUAGAUAAUAAACAGUAGCAGCAGCAUAUGUAAUGAGUCAAAAGAGUGCAGAAAAGGUCAAUGCAGAUUGUCCGGUUAGCUAUUUGGUUAACUAUUUAGUAGUCUUAUGGCUUGGGGUUAGAAGCUGUUCAGGGUCCUGUUGGUUCCAGACAUGGUGCAUCGGUACCGCUUGCCGUGCGGUAGCAGAGAGAACAGUCUAUGACUUGGGUGGCUGGAGUCUUUGACAAUUUUUAGGGCCUGACACCUUCUGGCAUAGAGGUCCUGGAUGGCAGGGUGCUCGGCCCUAGUGAUGUACUGGACCGUACGCACUACCCUCUGUAGCGCCUUGCGAUUGGAUGCCAAGCAGUUGUCAUACCAAGCGGUGAUGCAGCCAGUCAAGAUGCUCUCAAUGGUGCAGCUGUAUAACUUUUUGAGGAUCUGACGGCCCAUGCCAAAUCUUUUCAGCCUUCCGAAGGGGAAGAGGCAUUGUCAUGCCUUCUUCAUGACUGUGUUGGUAUGUGUAGACCAUGUUAAUUCCUUAGUGAUGUGGACACGAGGAACUUGAAGCUCUCGACCCGUCCACUAUGGCACCGAUAAUGUGGAUGGAGGCGUGCUCGGCCCGCCGUUUCCUGUAGUCCACGAUCAGCUCCUUUGUCUUGCUGACAUUGAGGGAGAGGUUGUUGUCCUGGCACCACACUGCCAGAUCUGUGACCUCCUCUCUAUAGGUGGUCUCAUCGUCGUUGGGGAUCAGGCCUACCACUGUCGUGUCGUCAGCAAACUUAAUGAUGGUGUUGGAGUCGUGCCCAGCCACGCAGUCGUGGGUGAACAGGGAGUACAGGAGGGGACAGCAUGGCGGAUGUGUUGUUGCCUACCCUCACCACCUGUGGGUGGCCCAUCAGGAAGUCCAGGAUCCAGUUGCAGAGGGAGGUGUUCAGUCCCAGGGUCCUGAGCUUAGUGAUAAGCUUAGAGGGCACUAUAGUGUUGAACGCUGAGCUGUAGUCAAUGAACAGCAUUCUCACAUACAUUUACAUUUACAUUUACGUCAUUUAGCAGACGCUCUUAUCCAGAGCGACUUACAGUUAGUGAGUGCAUACAUUAUUUAUUUUUAUACUGGCCCCCCGUGGGAAUCGAACCCACAACCCUGGCGUUGCAAACGCCAUGCUCUACCAACUGUGUUCCUCUUGUCCAGGUGGGAGAGGGCAGUGUGGAGUGCAAUAGAGAUUGCGUCAUCUGUGGAUCUAUUGAGGCGGUAUGCAAUUUGGAGUGGGUCCAGGGUGUCUGGGAUGAUGGCGUUGAUGUGAGCCAUGACCAACCUUUUAAAGUAUUUCAUGGCUAAUGAUGUGAGUGCUACGGGCGAUAGACAUUUAGACAGGUUACCUUGGCGUUCUUGGGCACAGGGACUACGGUGGUCUGCUUGAAACAUGUAGGUAUGAAUAUGUAUGCACUCAAUAACUGUAAGUCGCUCUGGAUAAGAGCGUCUGCUAAAUGACUAAAAUGUAAAUGUAUUACAGACUGGGUCAGGGAGAGGUUGAAAAUGUCAGUGACGACACCCGCCAGCUGGUCAGCACAUGCUCUUAGUGCAUGUCCUGGUAUCUGGCCCCGCGGCCUUGUGAAUGUUAACCUGUUUAAAGGUCUUACAUCGGCUACGGAGAGCGAUAUCACACAGUCGUUUGGAACUGCUGGUGCUCUCAUGCAUGGUUCAGUGUUACUUGCCUCGAAGUCAGCAUAGCAUUUAGCUCAUCUGGUAGGCUCUCGUCACUGGGCAGCUCACGGCUGGGUUUCCCUUUGUAAUCCGUAAUAGUUUGCAAGCCCUGCCACAUCUGACGAGUGUUAGAGCCAGUGCAUUAGGAUUUGAGCUUAGUCCUGUAUUGACGCUUUGCCUGUUUGAUGGCUCGUUGGAGGUCAUAGCGGGAUUUCUUAUAAACAUCCAGAUUAGUAUCCUGCUCCUUGAAAGCAGCAGCUCUAGCCUAUAGCUCAGUGCGAAUGUUGCCUGUAAUCCAUGGCUUUUGGUUGGGAUAUGUACGUACGGUCACUGUGGGGAUGCACUUAUUAAUGAAGCCGGUGACUGAUGUGGUAAACUCCUCAAUGUUAUCGGAUGAAUCCCGGAACAUAUUCCAUUCUGUGCUAGCGAAACAGUCCCGUAGCUUAGCAUCCGCUUCAUUGGACCACUUCUGUAUUGAGCGCGUCACUGUUACUUCCUGUUUUAGUUUUUGCUUGUAAGCAGGAAUCAGGAGGAUAGAUUUAUGGUCAGAUUUGCCAAAGGGAGGGCGAGGGAGAGCCUUGUAUGUGUUUCUGUGUGUGGAGUAAAUGUGAUCAUAAAUGUCGUAAAUGUUGCCUCUAGUUGCACAGGUGACAUACCGGUAGAAAUUAGGUAAAAUUAUUAAAAUGUUCCUACAUUAAAAUCACCAACCCUACAAUAUCAAUGGACAUACAAUUGAAUGUGUGUACAUUCUUCCUCCCAGAUCUUCCAGGAGAUAGGUGCGGUGCAGAGUCUGAAAAGGAUUGUCAUGUACUCCAGCAACGGGAUGGCCUGUGCCCUUGCCAAGCGGGCACUGGGGAUGAUGGGGGAGGAGGUGCCACGACGUAUCCUCUCCUCCGUGCCCAACUGGAAGGGCGGUGAGGUGCAGAGAUGGCUCCAAGUGAUUGGAUUCAGCGCUUACACUGAGCGCUUCCAGGUGUGUGUUUCUGUGUCUCAGUGUGUGUGUGUGUGUUUGUGUGUGUGUGUGUGUGUGUGUGUGUGUGUGUGAGAGAGAGAAAGAGAACUAGAGAUAGUGAUAGCAAAAGACAAGAUUUGAACAAUAAACAAUGAGAAUUAUUUUCUAUAGUCCUUGUAGAGAUGGUGACAAAAUAAGGUGAAUGUUUGGUUUCAUAUCUAUUAGAUAUGGAUACCUACAGGUAACUGCCAAAAUAAUGGAAACACUUGAGUAAAUGAGGGAUACAAAGUACAUUGAAAGCAGGUGCUUUCACGCAGAUGUGGUUCCUGAGUUAAUUAAGCAAUUAACAUAUCAUCAUGCUUAGGGAUAUGUAUAAAAAUGCUGAGCAGGCCAUUAUUUUGGCCAUUAUUUUGUCUACCAUGGCUAUGCCCCCAUAGGAUGACAAUGCCCCCAUCCACAGGACACGAGUGGUCACUGAAUGGUUUGAUGAGCAUGAAAACAAUGUAAACCAUAUGCCAUGGCCGUUUCAGUCAUCAGAUCUCAAUCCAAUUAAACACUUCUGGGAGAUUCUGGAGUGGCGCCUGAGACAGCGUUUUCUACCACCAUCAACAAAACACCAAAUGAUGGAAUUUCUCAUGGAAGAAUGGUGUUGCAUCCCUCCAAUAGAGUUCCAGACACUUGUAGAAUCUAUGCCAAGGUGCAUUGAAGCUGUUCUGGCUCAUGGUGGCCCAACGCCCUAUUAAGACACUUUAUGUUGGUGUUUCCUUUGUUUUGGCAGUUACCUGCAUUUCUCCUUAGCCUCAUGCUCACUAUAUUCACUCAGUCUUUCUCUCUCCUCUCUCUGCCCAUCCUUCAGGAGCUGCAGGUGGAUGGUGACCUACUGCUGAACAUCACAGACCAGGAGCUGAGCACUGACCUGGGCAUGACCGCAGGACUCACUCGCAAGAGGUUAGUUCAGUCAUCUGUGAAGUUUAUAGCAAGCUUAUAAAACGUCUGGUACACCAGUCAACAUCAGUGAAAUUGAGCAUUGAAAUAAAAUCCCCACCUCACCCUGCCCACUCCAUUUUGUGUUGUCUUCUAGGUUCCUCCGUGACCUGCGCGUGCUGAAGACCUACGCCAACUACUCGACCUGUGACCCCAACAACAUGGCAGACUGGCUGGGCGAGGUGAACCCGCACUUCCGCCAGUACACCUACGGCCUGGUGCAGUCUGGCGUGGACCGCAAGAAUGUCCUCCACCUCACCGACCAGCAGCUCCAAUCAGACUGUUACAUAGGUGGGUUGUGAGCCAAAAGCCACAUUUAUGUUCCCUGCAAAACAAUGGAGAAUAAAGUAUUCCUUUUCUCCUUCUAGAGAAUGGCAUCCAUCGCGCCAAGAUCCUGGCAGCCAACCGUAGGCUGAUUAAGCCAUGUUUGACCAAUGCCCAGCCCCCUGGACCGGACGUAUUUAUUAGCUACCGCAGGACCACUGGUUCCCAGCUCGCCAGGUAUGCAGAGAGGGAGAGGAAGAGGGAGAGGGAGAGGGAGAGGGAGAGGCAUGGAUAGGGAGAGGAAUAAUAGUCAGGAGAGAGGGAAAGCUAGGGAGCUUUGGAAGACAAACAACUUUUAUCAGGUUUGUCAGGAUUAUCUGGAGGCUAAGAUCUAUAGAUCGUCAAUCAUUACUCUCUCCCCACCUUUUUCUCUCUCUCUCUCCCCUCCCCUUCCCUCCCUCUCUCCCCCCAGUCUGUUGAAGGUCCACCUGCAGGUCCGAGGUUUCAGUGUGUUCAUUGACGUGGAGAAGCUGGAAGCAGGGAAGUUUAAGGACAAGCUGAUCCAGAGCGUCCAGCGGGCACGGAACUUCAUCCUGGUGCUGUCUGCCAAUGCCCUCGACAAGUGCAUGGGCGACACUGGCAUGAAGGACUGGGUACACAAGGUCAGACAUUGACGGAUCUAAACAUCGAUGGGUGCUGCAUACAGAACAAUAUACACUGAGUAUACAAAACAUUACUUUUUCCAUGACAUAGACUGACCAGUUGAAUCCAGGUGAACGCUAUGAUCCGUUAUUGAUGUCAUUUGUUAAAUACACUUAAAUCAGUGUAGAUGAAGAGGAUGAGACAGGUUAAAGAAUGAUUUUUAAGCCUUGAGACAAUUGAGACAUGGAUUGUGUAUGUGUGCCAUUCUGAGGGUGAAUGGGCAAGACAAAAUAUUUAAGUGCCUUUGAACGGGGUAUGGUAUUAGGUGCAAGGCGCAAUAUUUUUUGUCAAGAACUGCAACACUGCUGGGUUUUUCACGCUCAACAGUUCCCUGCAUGUAUCAAGAAUGGUCCCCUACCCAAAGGACAUCCAGCCAACUUGACACAACUGUGGGAAUUAUUGGAGUCAACAUGGGGCAGCAUCCCUGUGGAACGCUUUCAACACCUUGUUUCACGUGGAUUCACCUGGUCAGUCUGUCAUGGAAAGAGCAGGUGUUCAUAAUGUUUUGUUCACUCAGUGUAGGUCCAAUAGUAUCUACAUGGAAUUCCACGUUUUUUCUAUGUGUAUAAUCCUGUCACCCUAGCCUUUACAUGUCUAAAUGUUCCAUCUAUAUGUUGGUGAUAUACAAUAUUAGACAUAGAGAGGACCCUGCAUCAGUGGCAUCAUUUCAGCUAAACUUAGGCCAUGGCAAAGUUGAAGCUCCAAGGAAUUUAUAUAAAGUUGAAGCUUAUGUACUCCAUUGCUACACAAUUUAAAAACACUAAAAACAAAUAGCAAAAAAUGUACUUGACAUUAUCACCUUGCUGCUGUAGCUUCAUUCACCUCAGUCCAUAAAGGACUUAACAUUCUACAAACACAUAGUACAGCAAUUAGCUGCUACUGUACGCACUAGCUCAGCACCGGUAUUAAAAACUGCAGUUUAGUUUCAUGUCAAGUCAAACAGCAAUUACCUAGCCAUCUAUAGCCAUCUUCCACCUCUGCAGUGUUUUGAGAGAAAAGUCGCACUGUUCACUGCAGCUGCGUCGAUGCGCUCUCUCAAAGGCAUCCAGCCGGACAAACACCCUUCUCGCACGCUCCAAGGCGUGUGCGUGGUCCUAAAGCCAGCCCGCUAAUACCGCAUUUGCCUUGGAAUGAUUUUAGUAGCCUAUUGUAAAUUGUUGGUGAUGAGCUAGGGUAUGGCGACUGCCAUUCUCUGCCAUAGCCUAUUGACGCCCCUGCCCUGCAUACAGAACAAUGUUACAGUUGAGAGAUUAUUUUCCCCAUAUUCCCCUGCCCCUUACAUGUCUAGACAUUCCAUGUCUGCGUAGACAUUCUGUGUGUCUGUGAUUUAACGUACCUCUCAUAAAUCUUGCAGGAGAUAGUCACAGCUCUCGCUGGGAAGAAGAACAUCGUCCCUGUCACUGAUAACUUCAUGUGGCCUGACCCAAACUCUCUGCCUGAGGACAUGAAAACCAUCCUCAACUUCAACGGCAUCAAGUUAGUCAGACAGAGACGGCAGACUGUUUGAGAGAGAUGAGUAGUUUGAACACUUAUCCAAAGUGCACUUCUCUGGAGUGGACUGUAUCUUACAUUUUCUUUCCCCCUCUCUCUGUCUUCCUCUCUUUCUCUUUCCUUCUCUCUAUCUUUCUCUAUCACCACUUUCUUUCUCCCUUCCUCUUUCUCUUUCUCCCUCUUUCUCUCCCUCCCUCCCUUUCUCUCUCGAUACAGGUGGUCCCAUGAGUACCAAGAGGCCACCAUUGAGAAGAUCCUGCGUUUUCUCAAAGGCAAGCCCAGCCAAGACCAGACAGACUGUCCCAAGACAGACUGCUCUAAGGGGCUGCAAGGGCCACAGAAGAAAUAA